AUGGAUGGUUCUGAUGAUGAGCAGAGGUCUGACAACCCAAAAUUCAAUGAGAGGACUGAUAUGACAAAUGUUCAGUUGGUAAAAGGGAUGAAGUUUCCACACUCCAAGGUUUUUAGGAAGGCUUUAAGGGAGUAUGUGAUUCAGCAUCACAUUGAUAUCAAGUGGAAGUUGAAUGAGAAGAAAAAGAUUUAUGUACAUUGUAAGAACAACUGUGGAUGGAGGUGUUAUGCCUUAAUGGUGACUGGAGAUUGCAUAUUUGAAAUCAAGACACUUAAUCCUAAGUGUACCUACCCCUUAACAUUUCAAAAUGGGCAAGUUACAUCAGUUUAUGUGGCAAAUAGGUGUAUGUAUAGAUCAAGGAAGGCAACUAAAGGUUUGAUCAUUGGGAAUGAAGAGGCUCUGUAUGGCUUACUUAGAGAUUAUGCAGAAAUGAUAAGGAGGACAGAUGUAGGAAGCAAGGUGAUACUGCAAACAGAGAUAGAAAAUGAGAAUGCAGAACCCAAGUUUAAAAGGAUGUACAUUAGGUACAAUGCUCAGAAAGUUAGCUUUCUAGGUGGUUGUAGACCCUUUGUUGGGUUGGAUGAAUGCCACUUGAAGGGUAGGUUUGGUGGGAAAUUAUUGUCUGUCACUGCCAAGGAUGAAAAUGACAAUAUAUUCCCAGUGGCAAUGGAUGUGGUUGAGCAAGAGAACAAGGACAGCUGGAUUUGGUUCUUGGAGCAGUUUGCAGAUGACAUUGGCGAGCCAGAGGAUCUUAAUCUAGUAUUCAUCAGUGACAGGCAGAAGGGCCUUUUGCUUACAAUGGAGACUCCAUUCCCAAUUGUAGAACACAGGUAUUGUGUGAAACAUAUAUACAACAACUUCAAAGUUAACCACAAAAGCAUGGAGUUGAAGAGUGUAUUGUGGAGGUGUGCUAGCACAACAUCAAUCAGAGAUUUUGAUAGGAGGAUGGAGCAUCUUAAGAGUUUGGAUGAAGAAACUUGA